AUGCUCGCAGUUGCUUUAUCAAGUACCUCACGAUCGGAGCGGGUCAUAAUGUGAUUGGUGAACUCUCGUUGUGUGCAGUAACAAUCCCGCCUGGAAAUGUGAGAGGGACUGUAAUCAUCAGUUCGGCCUCAAGAACACCAAGUAAGUCCGGGAACUCGAAGACUGAAGUGGAUCCAUCUUACCCAUGUGAAAGGCACGAGAUCGCUCUCGAGCCUCACUGGUUCCGAGUCCAAACAGAAAGGAUCAAACGGUGUAAUUCGCAGGCGAAGAAAGACUACUAA